UCACUGUGUUUUUAUAGCCAUGCUACUACUGCAAUAGGUUUUGUUAUAUAAGGUGGAUAAACUCUUGAGAGAUCAUUCAUCAAGAAUUUCACAUUGUAAACACAAAAAUGGCUGGUUUACGGGUCGUCAUAACAGUCACUCUGCUGAUUGUGUUUACAGUGCUAUGUUGCAACUUUGAAACAUCUGAAGCUGCAUUUUCACACCAUGAUUACAAAUUGAUCAGUAAGGUUAACAAAGAUGGUCCUUACAGUGGUUUACUCGUCUCCAAAAACUCAGAGUUGCAGCCGUUCUUGAAGUCGCCGGGCUUUCACCUCCAUAGUAAAAUUUCUCAUGUAGUAUUAUCAGGGAGAAGGUUUUACAUUGGACAUAUCGGUGACAGGAAGAUGAUAGUCGCCGUGACAGGGAUGGGCAUGAUGAAUGCAGCAAUUACAACACAAAUGUUAUGUGGAUUGUUCAAAAUUAAGCACAUUCUUCACUAUGGAUUAGCGAGUAAUGCUGAUAGUAAAAUGAAUAUGGGUGACAUAGUGAUUCCUGAGUAUUGGGCUCAUACCGGAUACUGGAACUGGCAGAGGUAUGGGUAUGGUCCGGACGAUGAAUUAGCUUUUGAAGAAGAAGGAUAUUUUUCGAGAGAUUAUGGUUAUUUGAAAUUUUCUGAUUAUUACACAAACAAGACUGGCGGGAAGGACAAAGGUUAUUCCUGUAAUAAUGACCUAAACAACAUUUGGUAUCAACCCGAAGAAAUAUUUCAUGCUGGUGAAACAAAAGAUUCAGUUUUUUGGGUUCCUACUCCAUAUACGUACUACGAAACAGCAAAGAAACUAGAGGUAGUAGCAUUAAAAGGAUGCACAAAAGAAGGCACAUAUUGCUUGCAGAAGACACCAAAAGUAGUAACAGUGAAUAAAGGGAGCAGUGCCAGUAUGUAUAUAGAUAAUUAUGCAUACAAGAACUUCUUAAACUCGAAGUUUCAUGUCAGUUCAUGCGAUAUGGAAGGAGCUGCAAUUGCGUUGGUCUGUCAUCAACAUUAUAUUCCUUUUCUUGGAUUUAAAGCUUUACAUGAUUAUUAUGAUGCUCCUAAUCCAGCACAACCUCCCUCUUGUUCUCCCCCGACUCCUCCUACCUCUCCACCUCCCUCGACUCCUCCUACCGCUCCACCCCCCUCGACUCCUCCUACCUCUCCACCUCCCUCCCCGGCCUAUCCUCCUACCUCUCCACCUCCCUCUUCUUCUCCCUCUCCCUCUCCGUCCUAUCCUCCUCACUACACUCCCCCUUCUUCUCCCUUUCCUUCUUCCUCUUCUUCUCGCUCUCUUUAUCCCUCCAUUUCCCCCUUUUCUUCUCCCUCUAUUCCCGAUGGUGACGCUGCCGUCAUCGCUGAAGAGAAGAGUAGUAUCUACGGUCUCUUGAUUGAGAAUUGUGUUAAAGUUACACAUGAGUUUAUUACCAAGUAUAGUCAUCACAUGAGUGAUGAUGUGUCUGUUAGCUCUUCUUAAAGGUCGUUUUUGGCAAACUGGAUUUCUUGCAGCUGAAUUUCGGGCUAGUCAAGUCAUUGCGUACGUCCAAGGAACAGGAGAAAUCAAACUUUGGUGUCUGUGUUGUUAGUCCUUAAGCGUGUGCAUGUAUUUUUAUUUUAUUUGUACUGGAAUAAUAUUAUAUGUGUGGAUUUCAUUAGUAUAUAUGUAAGAGCUUUGAGAUCGAGACUUGUUGAAAUAUUAAUAAGUGAUUUGCUAUGAUCCUUAUGUA